UUAUUUACAUUAGAGUCCUAUAGGACUGUAAGGCUGCGAUCGCCUCGACAUUGUAGCCCUGUUUUUUUUAUAUGUAAAUAAAAUGGUCCGUAUAUGCGAAGUAAACGGCUGCAAUGUCCGGGAAGGACAGAGAAAGAUGCUUUUUAAUUUUCCAAAAAAUCCUGAAAGGCGUUCUAUUUGGGUGUCACAGACUGGACGGAAAUUCUGGCUACCCGGAACCUCCAGCUGCAUCUGUGAAGAUCAUUUUGAUGCAUCACAAUGGGAAACAGUGCGUGUAGAUGGGUCUAGAAAACUCCGACGUUUUGCAAUACCUUUGCGUGCAGAAAAUAAUAAAAACGUUUCAAAAUUUGUCACAAUGCAUGAUCAUAAGUAUACUGUUGACGCAAGUCAGCGUCUUCCCUUUCAAGACCUCACUACACAAAUGAACUCAUCUCAUGACAACAAUUAUAUCUCAAUUCAAUGUGUGCCAUCAAGAUCCAUUCAAGUUGCAGGAAGUCCAGUAAUAACCAGAACGAACAACAUUACAAUAGAGAAUAUGCAUCAGGAUUCUAGUGAUAAUCCCGACCCACUAUCUAUUUUGGCCGAUAUUUGUGCUGUCUCUGAACCGGUCGAUAUACUUCCAGCUACUGCAAGUUCAGCAUCAAUAAAAAAAAUUCAAGAAUUACAAGAUCAGCUGAAAAAACAAAAGGAAGAAAUAGAAACCUUGCAACAUGUCAACGAGCUUUUAAAUAUUGUAGCACAAAAAGUAACAGAAAAGUUCCAUACUAUUAAGUCUACUUAUGAUAAAUGUAGAAUUAGACUAUGGAGAUUAGAACAAAGUAAGAUAAAAUCUACUCUUACCUUAACAUCAAGACUACGUGCUGAUCAGAUUGCAUCUCUGAGAAGGCAAUCCAAUCGUGGCCUCAAGUGGAGUUCAGAAACUAUAAAGGAUGCCCUUGUGUUUAAGAUGAAAUGGGGGACUACGAAUUUUUCUGAUUUUAUAAAUUAUUUACCUAUCUUUCCAUCAGUGAGGACUCUGCAAAGAACGAUUGAGCACAUUAAAUUCGAAAGUGGCAUUUUAGAUGAGGUUUUCGACAUGCUGAAGUAUGCAGUAGAAGGCAUGUCUGAAAAUGAAAAAGACUGUAUGAUUGCUGCAGAUGAGAUGGCAAUUAAAGCUGGAUUAGUGUUUGACCCAUCAACUAAAAGAAUGAUAGGGAAAUGUACAUUUCCUACUCAUGUCGGGCCAGCUAACAAGAUCCUUGUUAUCAUGUGUGGAGGAAUUUGCAUAAGGUGGAAAGUUGUUCACUACUAAGUAAGGGCCUUCCCAAUUGUUCUGCAAUUUUUGGGCUUUCCCUUUACUUCUUCGAGGGUUAAAUAACCAGACUCUCUCUCCCUCCUUAAAAAAUACUGCUCUAGCUUUCCGAUCAUAUCUGGCUUUCAUUAGAGAGGACUUUAAAACCAUACGUUCCCUAACACAAGAACGAAUUUCCUCUAAUUUUGCUCUUAAAUUUUCGAUAAAAUUUUCCGGGGGUAACCUUUCUUCGUCAAAACUGGGAGUUUCUUGAAACAAAUCGACCGGUAGUCUUAGUUCUCGAGCGAAGUACA